AUUUUUGUUAUGUGUGUGUAAAAUAUCGAAACGAUAUCUAACGACGGCUUCCAGUGUGAGCGAGCAACUUUGCAUUUGAUUCCUGGCUGCAUUUAAUUCCUGGCAGUAUUUCAGCGGUAAAAAAACUUUUAAAAUAACUUCUUUUGAGUGGCGCACAUUUCCGAGUAGAGAAAGCAGCCUAACCCAUAUUGUCUUUCGUAAGUGUCUUACAAAAGGCCGAACUUGCAUAACAACGAAAUACCGAGAGCUUCCAGCAUUCAGAUCUACGCGCGUAAGAUUUGUCAUAGAUUGAUCUGCGCGCGUAAGAUUUGUCAUAGAUUGAUCUACGCGCGUAGGAUUUGUCAUAGAUUGAUCGAUGACAGCUUUUGACAUGUUCGAUCCCCAAGGGACAUCGCUCUGUAGUGGAGGCAAAGUUCAUUUCGUCACCUUCCCUGCUAGCAGAGGCCUUAUUCGCGAACGCCAGCCCAGCGAAAUACAGAGAAAAGAGGCCUCUGCUAGCAGGGAGUCUGUAACGGGAAGGGGAAGGAAAAAAAAACGCGCUGCUUGGCGUCGAGGCAGUUCCCCGUUUACCAGGCGGAUGCGGUUACAAAGCGUGUCGUUUGAAGGUGGUGUGAGGUAACGCUUUAGCCUUCCCAGGAGCCAUUGCCCUCGCCUUUUCUGGGAUGUUUGGACCUCUCGGCGGCCAUCUUACCGACCGCUAUGGAUGCCGGGUAGUAUUCAUGAGCAGUAGCCUAAUUACCAUAAUGGGGCUCGUCUCAUCCUCGUUCGUGCCUAACAUCGUCUUGCUUUACUUCACGUAUGGUUUUGUGAACGGACUAGGAGGUAAUCUCAUGUACAUAAGCUCCAUGAUGGUGCCAGCCCUCUACUUCAAACGCAGGCGCAUGCUCGCCACAGCUUUCGUCUCCGCUGGCCCAGGAGCGGGCCUUUUUAUCAUGAGCCCUAUUGUGGAAGCUAUUCAUAAAGUUUUGGAUUGGCGCAAGACACUACUAUGCUUGGCUGGCCUGUGUCUCGUUCCCUGCCUGGGUGGCUGGGGCUUGAGAGAAAAGAAGGAGAAAGUAGAGCAGACCAUUGCACAAAAGGGGUGCAGGUGCCGGCCAUUGUGUGACUGUUCGGUUCUGAGAAAUCCCAUGUUUGUGCUAUGCACAGCGAUGACGUCAUUAGCAGCUCUUGGUCACUGUAUGCCUAUAGUACAUUUGGCCAAACAUUGCGCGGAGCUGGGCAUAUCACGUGACCUGUCGUCCUGGCUCUACUUCGCCAUCGGUCUCUCAUCCGUGCUUGCACGGAUGUGCUGUGGCAAGCUUGCCGAGACGGGCUGGAUCUCUUUGCCUCGACUCUUCCAGUUUGGAGUCUUCGGACUAGCGCUAGGCAAUCUGCUGGUGCCACUAGCGACAGACUUCCCAUAUUUGGCCAUGUAUAGCGUCUCGUAUGGGUUUGGAGAGGGGUUCUUUUUCACGCCCAUUUAUUGCAUUAUUCUUGAAUCUUUACCGACGGAGCGUCGCGGGAGUGGUUAUGGGAUCUUUCAGUUGUUUAUCUCUAUACCCUAUGUAUUUGGCCCAUCUCUUUCAGGUUUAAUAGCAGAUGUGAGCGGGACUGGGUACACAAACUCGUUCUUCACGGCAGGGGCGAUAGAGGUCGUCGCUGGAUGUGUGCCUUUUCUCAUUCCAUUCAUGCCCACUGCUAGCCGCAAAGAGGAAAUAACUGUCAAUGAGGAACUUAUCGUCUAUGGAAAGGAGUCUGUCGUAUAACAAAUGUCUGUCCCGAUUUCUAUUCACUAGUCACAAUAAGAAGAUAUAUAUGCUUUUGUUAUUAAAAUUAAAUAAAUAAAUAUACUGGGCCUCUUGCCAGCACUUUCAAGACUUC